AUGUCCAACCCACUGAAAAUAUUCAUCACAGGGGCGACAGGGCACAUUGGAGGAACCUUUCUUAUGACAUUGCUGAAGCAUAAAGAUGUCUCGAAUUUCCAGAUUACAGCCCUAGUACGGUCGGAAGAAAGGGGCGAGAAGUUGAAGAGCUUGGGCAUCAAUGUGGUCAAGGGCUCCUACACAGAUGAAGAUCUGAGCGUCCUUACAAAUGAGGCAGCCAAAUCAGAUAUUGUUUUUGCCAUCUGCGAUGCGGAUACUUUGCCUCCUACGCAAGCGAUCUUGAAGGGACUGAAGAUCAAUUUUGAGGCUUCAGGCAAAGCUCCAAUCUUGAUACAUACCGUAGAAACCAAUCUAGGAAUUAUCACAGACAAAUCUGGCGGGCUCGCUUCCGAGCACUACGUGUGGAGCGAUUAUGAUACCGAAAAACUUAACGCCCUCCCUGAGUCUGUUAUCCAUCGUAAUGUCGAUAAUGCUAUUCUCGAGGCGGACAAGGCAGGUUAUGUGAAGACAUAUUUCAUUAUUCCUUCCACCGUGUUUGGAGAGCCAGCAGAUAAAACUCUCGUAGACCUUGGAAUUCAGAACACUACUUCUGGGGUGUUCAAGUACUUCAUUACGCCUUAUCUCGGGCGAAAGCAAGGCGGCUAUUUUGGGAAAGGUCUCAACCAAUGGAACCUGAUCUCUGUGCAAGAAACCGCCGAUCUCUAUAUUGCACUUUUUGACGCUAUUCGCGCUAAUCCUGAUGGUCCGGGGCACGGUACAGAAGGAUACUAUUUCGGCGAGAGCAAUUUGUUCUUCUAUAAAGACCUCGCGGCUGCCGUUUCGGAGGCUCUAGUUGAGGUUGGCGUGGGUAUCAGCACGGAACCGAGUCCAUUCACACCGGAGGAGGUAGAGACGCUGGUUCACCCCGUCAUUGCGCAAAUGGUGGGAUCAAACAGCCACGCGAAAGGUGACCGUUCUCGCGCCCUUGGGUGGAAACCUACAAGCACAAAGGAAGAUCUUUUCGCCACCAUCAAGAAAGAAGUCAAAGCACUCUACGUCAAAUAG